AUGCAAACGGUGCAACUUCGAAUUCAUCCCUACUCAUCGCCGCUCUUAUCGUUUGCAAUUCCUGUAUCAUGGCAAGCGCGCAAUUCCAACUCAUGCUUCAGCUGCAUCCAUGUCUACCAAGUCUUCCCUUUGCCGUGCCGUGAACAGCUCCCUGCUCACCACUCUCGCCCACUCCAUCCCCGCACGAUGAAGACCCUAGUCCUUUUUCUCUCCCUCCUCACUCUCACCGCCUCUCAAAAAAUCUCUCUCAAAGUCAACCUAGCCGGCGGCCCCGUCGGCGACUUCCUCGGCGAGGACCAAGUCCUCGACAUGACCGGCUUCUCCAAAAACGUCGUGCGCGACCCCAUCCAAAACACGGACCAACCGGAGGUCUUCCAAUCGCAGCGCUUCGCGCGUUCCUCCGACCUAACCCUACGCCUCCCCGUCCCAGACGGCAUCUACUCCGUCACCUUGCUCUUCGCCGAGACGUUCCGCCGCGCCUGCGUCGCCGGCGCGCGCGUCUUCGACAUCUCGCUCGGCACCCCCGUCUCUGGCGUCACGAAAGUCGUGGACAAGUUCGACCUGUUUCAGACGGCUGGCUGCCAGGCGGCACAUGGCAAGAGAUUCGAUGGCGUCCCGUCCAAAGACGGCAUCGUCGUCCAUCUGUCCCAGGUCGCUCAGCACCCCUCCCUCGCCGGCUUUAUCAUCGAAGGCUUCCCGCAGCCAAAGGGGAACGGAAAGGAGUAUCAGGCCAUCGCCCAGGCCCAGAUAAACCCCGCUACCUAUGGUACCGCCAUGCCCGCCGCCGACGCGGCCUUGGGCGCCCAGUCGCCGGCCGCGAUGGCCAUGCACCAAGGCCAGGGUGCCCCGGGUAUGCCGGGAGCUCCCGCGCCGAGGCCGUCAGGGAUGGAGGCGCCGCCGGGUGCGCUCUCAGGCGCACAACCGCCGACUGGAGCGAUGGGCCCAGUGCCCGGCGCACCGGGCGGUUUCGGUGCGGCUAGACGACUGCUUUCGGUGAUGGCGCAUGAGGAGGAGCUCGUGGCGAAGACGCACGAUAUCCCACUGCUCAGGGCUGUGGGGCGCGCGCACUCAAGAGGACUCAAAGCUAUGCCCGUGGAGGCGACAUAUUUGCAAGACCCAGAUGCGACUGUUCGCGACUAA